GACGGGAGGGCGUUGCUCUUCCCGUUGUGCUCUCGUGUCCUGCGCGUCCUACUUUUCCCCUUACAGUCCUAAAAGGUGACUGGUUGGUAGUGUGGUUGUUGGUCUGCGCUAGAAUCGAGACCAGCCUCUUUGAUUGACUGUAUCCCACAGAGUGGUUGGAGUGGAAAGUAGCAUUGCCUUGCAAAGAGUGUGUUAUGUGAGCACGGGUCCUUGAUUAUAGUCAUAUCCUCUUUAUUGUAUCCUCUUUAUUAUUUUCACAAAUAACUCAAGUCGGCGACCAUAUACAACACUUCUUCCUCCUCCCAUUUUUCUCACCACGACAACCCUGUGAGUGUGUUUCAGAAUCACCUUAACUUUCUUACGACGAGCCUUAAAUUCUUCUUAAAAUGUCUGCCAGUAGUAAAAUAACUCAACUAAUUAAUAAAGUACCUGGAAAGAAACGGUUUGGUGUGUACAGAUUUCUUCCUUUCUACUUCAUUCUCGGUGGUGCUAUGGAAUGGUUUAUGAUUAAUGUUCCAGUUGGCAACCAGACCUUUUAUGAUGUUUACCGUAGGAAAGAGGCUGAGAAAUAUUACCAGAAAUUGGAAGAAAAGUGAAUUCAACACUGAAUUGUCUGUACAUAAUGGAUUCUAAACUAAUAAAUGAAACUAAGUUUCAAAGUUUGCUUAAAAUACGAAUACCGGCUGCAUUUUGUUCAGAAAAAUUUAUUUUUGUUAAUCUGUCUUGUUUCAAAUAAAAAAUAAUGUGUUUUGGUGAACUCAAGCGCCAUCAAGUUGGUACUGUAUUGACUUAAGUGACCACAUAAAUUAUCUCUAAGCGUUAUCUGUCCCUAUCCUGAUCCUUCAGGGCUUUCAUUGGUGCACUCUGCUGCUGUAAUUGAAAUAUUCAGACCUUAAGGUAAAAAUUUCCUGCCUAGUUGUUUCCAACUCUAGAGGGCGGGACUCAUCUCCGUUUCUUAGUCAAACGAGCCAACAUUGUGCAGAUAUUUCUGUGGUCAUGUGGCCAGCAUGAUUACAACUCAGACCUACUCAUAUAUUAACCGUAAGACUGAUUACCUGUUUCAUUUUAGAAAAUAUUGUUUUAGAAAUUGUUGCUUUGUGACCCAUUUCAUUAUCAUUUUUUGUAAAUAUACACAAUCACAUGUUUAUAUAUUAUUAAAGUAAAAAGAAUUAUUUUACUUUGUUACUGGGCUGAUUUGAGGGUGUGCAAAAAGAAAAGGCAAAAAGGAACAUUUGAUCCCAAUGUUUGCAGUAGACCUCCCCCCUCUCUCUCAUACCCCCCCCAACCAUUAUGAUAAUAUGUAUACAAUAUAGAUCCAUGCUUCAGUUAAUAUGUUCUGGUUGUUUAUGGAAGAUACACGUGUGGAGUUAUCACACAGAAGACAUUUGUGAAUAUGCUAGAUAAUGUAGAUCUUAUCAGGAUUUAUGUAUUUUUCAAAGCCUUAAUAUGAUUUGAUUUGGCUUAGCAUGCUAUUACCU